GUUUUUUGGAGCAACGAACCAAUAUCCAUGACGACUCCACCAUCCAAAGCGGCGCGGCCACGCAUCAAAUGGGACGAGGAAACUAUAGCUCUGCAUGACCUUGACCGAGGAACACGCAUGAAGAUCGAGGAACCCAACACUCCUUAUCACUACUACGCGACGGGGGAGGAAGACAUGAACGUAACCACGGGGAAUGAUGUCGAGAUCACUGACGUGGCACUGCAACUCCACAAUGCGACCCACUCGGCGAGUGAAUUGUCAGAGUUGCCCUCAAAAGCUCCCGUAUCACCAGCUCACAGUGCUUCCAAUGGUAUUGAGCUCAAGUGGGACGAAUUGCACGCGCGGUUAGAGGCGCACCAAUCGGCGUCAAAGUCGAGCGAAUGGGACAGCGACUCGGACACGUCGUCGACGAGCCGAAAGCAUCCAGCACCUCCUGGAGGCGCUGACAACGCUUUCGCACAGAAGAGAAAGCAGCAUUACAAUGAGUUUGAGCGCAUGAAGCAGUGGCGUCUGCAGCACGGCGCAGACGAUGACGACGAUGCAUAGCUGACGAAAUGUCAGUUAACAUAUCUGCUGUUAAAAAUGACUGCCAAACUUUGUUCGACCCGACAUUGAGCACUUUGGCGCGCUCUUACGGUUUGACAGGACCUGGGUGCCGACGGCCGCUUUCUGCUUGUACGCAUUUGGAGCCGGCCCGACGUCAUGACACAUUCGGGCGCCGAUCGGCGCCUUGCUGCGACCGACAACGCUAAACGAGUACGCCGCUACAAAUCAAGUCGUCAAGACUCUGCAAGCGAACACAUAUCGCACAAACUGACAGACUAAUGCCAUACCUGAGUUUGUGACCGUCGAC